ACCACCAGAGGGAGACAUAGAUGCAUCUUGUGCCAGCAACCAGUUAUCAAGGCAGCUUCACUGUACGGAGCAUCACUUGUGGUCCUGAGGAGAGCAGAGAAGCUGAAGAUGCAGCUGUGAGGACCGGGCUUCUUCUCUGGACUAAAGCAUUCAUCUUAUUGUCCAUGGGAUGGUGGUAACAGAAUUUCUCAUCUCUCCCCUGGAACUCUCAGUGUCUUUUUAUGUCACUUGCCCGGUGAAGCGCCCAGGAGGACUAUGAGUGCAGAGUGCUCCAGUUACACCACGGUUGAGAAGGUGCUGGUUGGGGCUUUUAGCUGUCCAAGGGGAGACAGCGACCUUGGAGCCAUAUAUUGCUGCGGCUUUAAGGACUUCAAAUACUGCUGCGAUGACCCGAACAGUUUCUUCCCCUAUGAGCACAGUUACAUGUGGUGGCUGAGCGUGGGGGCACUGGUGGGCUUAUCCAUAGCAGCGGUGGUCCUGUUGGCAUUUAUCAUCACCGUUUGUGUUCUCUGCUACCUGUUCAUCAGUAACAAGCCGCACAACAAGCUGGACACUGGGCUGAGCCUACAGACAGCAGGCACUGAACAAAACUCUCUGGAGGGCCCCAGCCGGUCCGGCCAAUCAACAGUGCCCAGUGGCUUUAAGCGUCAUUUUCUGAGCCAUAAAUUGGACUGCGAUAAUCAGCCCCAAGACCCGGACAGAUUGUUUCAGAGAUGUUUCCUUGCCACUGUGACAACCAUCAACGUCCAAGGACCUUCUUGAGCUCAGCCGUCAUCGCAACAAGUCGUUGUGCGAGGAUUCGGUGUUUUCAAACAGCUGCUUGGCUUUGAUCUCUUGUGCCCACCGCCUUACAACCUACAUACCAUGCGUUCUAUCAGUAAACCUUUCUAUUGCCUCUUUUACAUUGUUAGUCUUUGAGUGGCAUUUGUACUAAUCUUUUUCCAGAAAAACAGUCAUUUCCAGAAAUGAAAAGGUCUUGGAGGCUUUGAUGGCAUUAGAAUUGGAAGAACAGCUUGCCGUAUGAAUGAGACGGAUCUACUAGAACAGGAAUCUUAACAUUUAUUCCUGUCCCACUUGGAUA